AUGCCUCUUACCUUUAACAUCUUCAACUACUCAGGUAGGACGAAAGUUCGACCCACGACCCAGAGGCAUCAGCACACAGGCAAGCAUGGCAAGGCCAAGGCAGCGUCUCGGAUAGCUGACUUUGACGAGGAGGAUCUGGCGCGCCUCGCCUGGGCCUAUGCUUCGCUAAACCUGGCGCCCCCCGAGCUGACGAGGCUCCUGGUUGAGGAGGCAUCGAAGCGCGCGGCACCAUCCCGAGGUCCAUCGCCUGCUCCAUCGAGAGACAGGAGCCGGCCGCCGACGGAGGCAAGUGUGCCGAGGCCCCCUGAGCCGAAGGAGGAGAAGGAGGACGAGUAUCCUCCGGUGGGCGAGAGCCGCGGUCGCGGCCAGCAGCGGAGGGUGCCCUUUGCCCGACUUCCGCGGCGGCGCAAAACCAAGGGUACCGGCCGCGGCAGUGAGCCAGCGGAGGCCCCCACCGACCGGGAGACCACAGACGGCGAGCCGCCGCCUGAGCCGAUCGAAGCGGCCCAGGAGGAGUCCGUGGCGACGACAGACGCCGGCGGCGAACAGAGCGAUCAGAAUCAGAAGGAGUAUGAUGCACUUCUGCAGAUGCUCAGGGACCAGCUCCGGGCAGACUCGGAGCCUUCUCAGGAGGCAGCCGCGCAGGCUGCGCCCGCCGUGAGCGACUUGGACAGCCAGGGCCGGGACCAGGCCACGCUGAGCAAGGAUGAGCAGGCGAGAAUUCUGGAGCUCUUUGAGGCUCGACGCCUCGCAGAAAAGGCUGCGGGACGGCACCGCAAGAGGAGCUUGGCCAAGAAGCGCGAGAAGGCGGAGAGGAAGCUGGAUCGUGACUACAUCAAAAAUGAGAUCAACAGCGCCUUUCAGGCGCAUCAUGAUUCCGGCGUGCGAUACUACAACUCGGUGGCGAUCAGAGUCCACAAGGGCGAAAAAGCCGUGGACGCGAAGACCAUCGAGCAAGUUGCGUCCGCUCAGGCAGAACAUGGCUGUAUCGUAUAG